UUUCGCAUUCAGUUUGCGUUUACAUUUUCGUUGACGUUGAAUAUUUUCGAACGAAAAAUGUUAGCAUCUCCUCGUUCAUUUGGGAUCUUACUAUGUUUUUAACGUGUUUUUUAUUUAAAGUGAUUAUGGUGUAUACAGCAGCGAAUGCAGCUACAUUAACAAAUAGUUCAACAAUACACUCCAAUAUGACGCUGCAGCGUUUAACAGCGCUUCGAGCUCUCAUGGCAAGUCAACCGACAGCGCUGUCUGCGUAUAUUAUACCGACCGCAGACGCACAUAACUCCGAAUAUAUCGCAUCAGUGGAUGCCCGUCGGGAAUGGAUAUCAGGAUUCACGGGUUCUGCCGGCACUGCUUUAGUAACAUCUUCGCAUGCACUAGUCUGGACUGAUGGGAGAUAUUACACCCAAUUUGAGAAGGAAACGGAUAAUACGCUGUGGACAUUAAUGAAGAUGUCAUUGACGGAAACUUUGACGAUGGAGAAAUGGUUGACAACAAAUUUAGUUGAAGGGUCAGUUGUUGGGGCAGAUCCGAAAACGAUGAGCAGAGAUGAAUGGACGCCAUUACAGACAGCUUUGAAAAAAGCCAAAAUGGAAUUAAUAGCGGUUCCUAACAAUUUGGUUGACCAAGUGAGGGUUCAGACGAAAGAUGCUCCUCCGAGAAGACCGCAUAAUGAGAUUCUACCACUGCAUGUUAAAUAUACAGGUAAAGCUUCCGGUAAGAAGAUAGAAGAAUUAAGAGAGAAGAUGAAGGAGAAGAAAGCGUCUGCGUUGGUUAUAACCGCAUUAGACGAAGUUGCGUAUACAUUAAAUCUACGUGGUAGUGAUAUACAAUAUAAUCCCGUCUUCUUCUCUUACUUGGUGAUCACCACCAGCUCAGCAAAGCUGUUCUGGGGUGAUGGGACACUCUCCCAAUUGGUGAUAGACCAUUUAACUUCGGAAGGUGCGACAGUGCAAUGUAGACCCUAUGAUAGUAUCGUGGAAUAUCUACAUGAAUUGGCUAAAGAACUAUCGGAAAGCGGAGAUGGCUCCCACGCUAUUUGGUUGUCAAGUGAUGCAAGCGAAGCUAUACAUAGGGCUUCUGCUGGGGAGACAGUUUUGAAGAAACCAUUAGAUUUAAUAUCGGAAGUAUCUCCGGUGGCAUUGACUAAGUUGAUUAAAAACGAGGUGGAAUUACAGGGUUUUCGUAAUUGUCACGUCAAAGAUGGUAUAGCCGUGGUCAGAUUCUUCAAAUGGCUCCACGAAGAGAUUGGAAAAGGCUGUACAAUAACUGAAAUACAAGCUGCUGAUAAGCUUUUGGAAUUUAGAUCUGAGGAAGAAGAUUUCUUAGGUCCAUCAUUUGAGACUAUAGCAGGUGCCGGAGAAAAUGGUGCUAUUAUACAUUACAGCCCUUCUAAAGGGGGUGAGCAGAGGGUCAUAGGCGUUGAUGACAUGUUUCUAUUGGACUCUGGUGGACAGUACAGAGAUGGUACAACCGAUAUAACUCGUACACGUCACAUGGGUGUGCCCAGCGCUGGGCAAAAAGAUGCAUUUACAAGAGUAUUGAAGGGUCAAAUAAUGGUGGGCAGUUCUGUAUUCCCACAAGGGGUUAAGGGCAAUGUAUUAGACAGCUUCGCUCGCCAGCACCUGUGGCUUGCUGGACUGGACUACGCGCACGGCACUGGCCACGGCGUGGGCCACUGUCUCAACGUGCACGAGGGGCCCUCCGGAGUCUCCUGGAGACCCUACCCCCACGACCCCGGCCUUCGCCCCCGACAGAUACUCAGCAAUGAGCCCGGAUACUAUAAGGUGGGGGAGUACGGCAUCAGACACGAGGAUCUGGUGGAAAUCAUCUCCAUCACCAAGGAAUCUGAUCAUCCCAGGGCGCGCGGUCUGCUAGGUGACUUCGAGGGUCGCGGCGCGCUCGCCUUCAGCACACUCACGCUGGUGCCGCAUCACAAGGAAUGCUUGGAUAUCAAUCUGCUUGAUGAUUUUGAGGUAUCCUACAUAAAUGCCUACCACGCCCGAGUGCUGAACACUUUAGGUCCUAUUCUUGAAGCUAGAAACCUAAGUGAAGACUACACUUGGUUGAAGGAGCAAUGUGCGCCCAUUGUUAAGUAACAGAUUCAAGUUAAAAACGUCCCAAUGCAAGCUUUUAUGGAUAUUGAUAACAUUUAUAUGCAUUUUUAAUAUUUGUUAAGUGUAUAUAAUUUUUUUAAUAAAUUUAUAACUGCA